AUCUCCUCUCCGUGCCUGGUGCCGGACUGGCCCGCAUUUGAUAUCGGCAUGGAACGCCCCUCGACACAGAGCCGGGCGCGGACGCCCCCGAAUCCGGAGAACCUCGACGCUUUUAGCGGCAGGCGACCAGUGUUCAGCUUGUCUCCAAACCGACCUCACUCACCCGGUCGAUACGCGCGCAGGCGGGUGCGGACCUCCGUCCUUCAGCAGCUUCUCCCACAUCGGCGAGGAGGUCCAAAGCUUGACCUUUGCCGUGGGGCUCCGCGAAGAUGCGGCGAAUGCCGAGUACUACGUGAAGAAGAUCUUACCGAUGUCGUUCUACGAGCCCGGGAAGCCCGUCGAGAAGCGGGCUCGGGCACCCCCGAAGGACGCGCCGCCCGUCGAGGCGCUGGACGUGCCCGAGCUCGUGGAGAUGCGGCAGCGCCUCCGAGACGUCCUGCGGGGCUGCGAGAAGAUGGAGCGCGAGGAAAAGCAGUGCGCCGCCGAGCUGCAGGCCGCGACGGACCGGCUCGCCACGGUCGAGAAGCGAUCCGCGCAGCUCGACGACCAGCUCGACCAGUACGACGAGCAGCUAGCCGAGGAGCGGAACCGGACCCUGGCGGCGUCGAUGGACGCGGAGCAGACGCGGGCCCAGCACGCGGAGCUGCUCGAGCAAGUUGAGCGCGGCGAGAGGGCGGUCGCGCGGCUCGAGGCCGAGCUCGCCGACAAGGAGGCGCAGCUCCGGGCCCUCGAGGCGUGCUCGGACCUCGAGCUCGUCUUCGGGCGGCGCGACGACGAGCCGGACGGCGCGGAGCUCGUCCUGCGCGACGAGGUCUCCGGGCUCGACGCCUGGCGGCAGCCGCCGGCGAAGCUCGCGAAGCGGCACCUCCAGAUGGCGGCGAACGCGUCGCGCCCUCCCGCGGCGGCCGGCGGCGCGACGUACGCGGCCCGGAUGACCUCAUUCAAGCGCAGGCUCCGCGCCGGCCGGCGGCCCCGCGGCGCCGAGGCGGCCGGCUCCGUCGCGUCCGGGGCCGCGUAAGCGCGCCGGUACUCCUAG